AUGCCACCAACCCGCCCUUCCGUGCAAACUCACUCCGACUUGCUCCACCGCUCCCCCUUCAUCACCUACACAGGCUCAUGGUUGACCCUGGCCUCGUACCAUUCCUGGGUCCCCGACGACUCGGAAUCCGGAUCAUUCAACUUUGCCUUUGACGGCACCGACUUUGCAGUCUAUGGCGGGUGGGAUGCCGACACGGCUGCGUGGAUCGACAUCGACGGUAACAGCACCUGGUGGCAUGCCGAGCGACCCAGCGGGCCCCUGCCUCCAGAUGGGCACAUGAUGUACAGCCAGACAGUACCGGCCGGGUUUCAUCGCGUGUCGGUCAACUUGGCCAGCGGGAGGAUGGGCCUCGUCAAGGUCGUCGUGGGUGACGGGCCUAUUGGCCCCGACGCUUACCCAUGGGAAUGGUGGCACCUCGCAUUGGGCGCCUCAGCCAUGCUGCUAGCAGCGACGCGCAUCAUUUCGCGCAAGAGACGUACUCUGGCAGACGACCUCACUUGCCCUUCAGAAAAGGCGUAA